AAAAUGAAUAGGGGAUACGUGAAAACCACGAUAAGAGCAGAAAGAAAAGAUCAGUUUGAGUUGAGGAUCAACCAAAUGGCGAUGAGUUCUUGCGUACCACGACUGGACUCUGCACCAGCGGAUUGCAACCAAACAUAUCAUGUCUAAUAAUAGCAAGAUCACUCCUAUUUAUUUGACGGAUUUGAGUCGAGUUGCUUUCCAGAGAUCUCUUUCAACCGAUCUGAUCUCACCUCGGCAGCCUCGCGAGGCGGCGAUAAUGGCACCGCUCAAGAAAGGAGCGAGCCGCCACCGCCGUCCAUGGUCCAAACUUCCGCACGACCUGCUCAGCGUCAUCCUCGACCGACUCGGUCCAGCCUUCGUCGAUCGAGUCCGCUUCCGUGGCGUGUGCCAGGGAUGGCGCGGCGCCGAGCUUGCUCAUCCGCGUCCACCCAUGUCAUGGCUCGUCGCCCCUGGGCACUUUGUCAGCUUCCACGACGCCGCCAUCCACCGCGUCCCGCUGCCGGAAGAUGCCGCUGGUGCCGUCUGCCGAGGCUCGUUCGGCGACUGGCUCGCCCUCGUGCCGCCUACAGGCCGCCGCCGCCCCUACCUACUGAACGCUUUUACCAUGGAGCGGAUCAAGUUGCCGCGCUGGAAGGAACAACCGAUGGUUAAGUUGGUCCUGUCGUCGGCGCCGGACUCGAAGAGCUGCACCUGCACGGUUGCUGCCAUUGUUGAGCAUGAAGACGACUACAGGAUGAGAAGUAAGAUCGUUGUCUGCCGUGUAGGGCGAGGGGGCUCUUGGCGGACCAUGACUAGGGCGUUCGAGCUCCAAGACAUCAUCUUCUUCGAGGGGAAACUCCAUGCGCUCGACGCAAAAGCCCGUGUCCACGUCUUCCAAGAUGAGGACUUCCGACGUGAUGAGCCGUGGAGGCCACCCCAGUAUAAAGAAGGCCAAGGGCUAAAAAUUGGCGUCCACGUCGACAUGCUGCAUCUGGUUGUCCUCCAUGGAAGUCUGCUCAUGGUCGGUAGGGCCUUCGGGAGAAGCCGCGUGCCAGGUUGCACACACUUCACCAGCGCAGUCGGGGUGUUUACGCUCGACCUCGGAGGCGAGACCGAGACGGCCAAGCGGCCAGAGCCGGUAAAGGACUUGGUCGGCCACGCGAUCUUCGUCGGCGACGCCUGCUGCGAUGCUUUCGCCGUCGGUGCAUCCUCCUCAGGGGGCGGCGGCGGCAAGAUCAGAGAGAACCAAAUUUGCUUCGUGGACGACGAAAAGAACAUGUCGAUGUCGUCGCUGGCCGCCUACGACCGCCGGUCUUUCCGGCAGCUGCAAUCCUACGACGUGCGCAACGGCUGCCUCCGUACAUACGAACCCUCACCUGCAGGGUCCCCAGGGCCAGGGACCUGGCGGGUCGGGACGGUGCAGCGCUUCCCGCACACCACGGCCAUGGGACCGCCGGUGCGGACGGCGCUGCUUUCGGCGGCGGAGCUGGUGCUGUGGGACCUGACCAACUGCCUGGGAGCAAGCUACCGUCCCAACUACUACACAACGAUGGUUGCAGGCGGGUCAAGCGUGACUGUGUGCAUCUCCCUCCCUAAGACAGCACCAACACGCAAAUACGACGACUGGAGCUUCACGCAGCACCGGCCAUCGGCCAGGGAGGCGAAGCAGGCGGCAGCGCAUGAGGCCGCCACGUUCCUCCGGAGCCGGUUCCGAAGUGUCUUGGACGACAGCCCAUGGAGCUCCAUCCCUUACUAUCAUAGCCACGUCGAAGAGAAGGAAGAUGACCAAGAAGAAGGAGAAGAAGAAGAAGAGGCUCAACUUGACCCAGAAUCAAACUUGAAUUUUUUUGAUCUGUUUGACUAUAAACGUUGGUACACAGGGUACUAGUGCUAAGAACAUCUUCAACAGACUGCGCCAUAUUUCGGCGAUGUAUAUCGGCGGUUUAUAUAGCGCCUGGCCUAUAUGGCGCACAUGUUGGAGAUGAUGCUCUAAUUAGCCAGCUGCUCUUGUCGCUUCAGAUGAGUACCAUUGUUCUACAACAUGCACUUGAUUGGAGUGAUCGUGUAACUCCUGAUUGCAAACCAACAUAGACGAGCCACACGUUUUACCACGAAAACUUUCGAACACUAGUUGCGAUAUUUGUAGAGUAAUUUUCAGUAGACACAUUUUGCCUUUGUAAACCUGAUGAUGAAUUAGGAUGUUUUCCUAAAAUGUAUAGAAAUAGGGACUAUCUAUUUGGCAUUCGAGUGUUUUCCUUUUGGCCAUCACUCGAAAAUCUGUAACCAAUCACAACGUUACAGCUGUCAAACAGCUAGCUAACAACUCCCGCUUCUUUUCGUCCAGAGGGGAAAAGAACGCAAUAAAGGCCACUUUACCACA